CUUCCCACAUUAAUUUUUCCCGGGAAAAUAUCAGCGAAUAAUCGGAGUAUUUACAACCAUGGAUUCCCUGUAACUUUCCCAACCACUCACUCUCCCACUCCGAUCGUGAAAACGCGGUUCAUCGAUUUCUCCUCUUCUCCACAACAAAAUCACACAUUCGAUUUAACCCAUUUCCCCCUUGAUUCAUUUUUGGUUCUGGAUCACAGGUUUCUUAGUUUUUGGAUUCUCUUUGAAAGGAGAAUCAUCUGCUAGAAUGCGCUCAUGUCACCUUCCGAGCGCAAGCACAGCCACUUUUUCCACUACUGCGAUGUUCCCUCAAAAGUUCUACUUCUGUUUUUCGCCGAUUUUCCGGCCGAGGGUACUCGGCCGCUCCGUGAAAUUCCGACGCCGUUUUGACCGAAUUCGUCCUUUGCCUGUUGUUACUGCAUCAAUCAACUCCGUCAUCGCCUCUGGAAAUGUUAUUGCAGCUGCUGCAGCCGUGGCCUCCGGCUCUGGAUCUGUUCAUGGUGCUGUCACUUCUGCAAUCACGCAUGUUGCUGUUACGGCCGUCGCUAUUGCCUCCGGAGCUUGUCUCUCUACCAAAGUCGAUUUCCUUUGGCCCAAAGUGGAGGAGAAACCAGGUUCUCUUGUAUUGGAUGGAGUUGACGUAACUGGACUUGUUAUAUUUGAAGAUGCCAAGGUGCAAAAGGCUAUUGAAUUUGCAAAAAAGGCUCAUCAUGGGCAGUUACGGAAAACUGGAGACCCUUAUUUAACUCAUUGCAUUCACACUGGAAGAAUCUUAGCCGCUUUAGUUCCACCUAGUGGCAACAGGGCAGUUGACACAGUUGUGGCUGGGAUUCUCCAUGACAUAGUUGAUGAUACAUGUCAAAAUUUGCACAGCAUAGAAGAAGAAUUUGGUGAUGAAGUAACCAAGUUGGUGGCUGGUGUCUCCAGGUUGAGCUACAUAAACCAGUUGUUGCGUAGACAUCGUCGAGUAAAUGUGAACCAGGGUUCCCUAGAUCAUGAAGAGGCAAAUAAAUUGCGAAUUAUGCUCUUAGGCAUGGUUGAUGAUCCACGUGUUGUGCUCAUCAAGCUUGCAGAUCGUCUUCACAACAUGAGAACCAUUUAUGCUCUGCCACUGCCUAAGGCUCAAGCUGUUGCACAGGAGACCUUGGUUAUUUGGUGCUCACUCGCUUCUAGAUUGGGUUUAUGGGCACUGAAAGCCGAACUGGAAGAUUUGUGUUUUGCAGUUCUUCAGCCCCAAAUGUUCCUCAAGUUGCGUUCGGAAUUAGCUUCCAUGUGGAUGCCUAGCAGCAGAGCUGGAAGUUUACGGAAAAUAUCUGCCAGAGCUGACUUGCCACUGUUGGAUAAAGACAGUUCAACUUGUUACCACAAUAUGCCAGUAACUACGACUGAUGAGGCCACAAACAUGAAGGAACUUUUGGAAGCUGUAGUACCAUUUGACAUCUUGGCAGACAGAAGAAAACGGACAAAUUAUCUAAAUAAUCUCCAAAGAAGUAUAGAUACUUGUAUACAGCCAAAAGUCGUGCAAGAUGCUAGGAAUGCUUUAGCAUCUCUGUUGGCUUGUGAAGAAGCAUUAGAGCAAGAACUGAUUAUAUCGGCCUCUUAUGUUCCAGGGAUGGAAGUAACUUUGUCCAGCAGACUAAAGAGUUUAUAUAGUAUAUACAGCAAGAUGAAACGAAAAGAUAUCAGUAUCGAUAAGGUAUAUGAUGCCCGAGCAUUAAGGGUAGUUGUUGGGGACAAGAAUGGAACUCUACAUGGACCUGCUGUUCAGUGUUGUUACAGCCUUUUCAAUACUGUACACAAGUUAUGGUCCCCCAUUGAUGGUGAAUUUGAUGAUUACAUUGUUAACCCAAAGCCUAGUGGUUACCAGUCUCUGCACACUGCAGUAAUAGGUCCGGAUAACUCGCCUUUGGAAGUUCAAAUAAGAACGCAGAGGAUGCAUGAAUAUGCUGAACAUGGGCUUGCUGCACAUUGGCUUUACAAAGAAAAUGGAAACAAAAUCCCGUCAUCAAGCAGCAAAAAUGAAUCUGAAAGAGAUGUAUCCCGGUGUUUCUCCGAUUCAGAGUUCCAGAAUUCCAUCGAAGAUUAUUCUCGUAAGUAUGGUUUUCUCAAAGCUGGCCAUCCGGUUCUUAGAGUGGAAGGAAGCCACUUGCUUGCUGCUGUUAUUAUUAGAGUGGAUGAGGACGGAAGGGAACUGCUUGUUGCUGUGAGCUUUGGACUUGGAGCUUCUGAAGCGGUGGCUGACCGAAGAUCUACGUUCCAAAUAAAGCGUUGGGAGGCUUAUGCUAGGUUAUACAAAAAGGUAUCUGAUGAAUGGUGGUGUGAACCAGGUCAUGGGGAUUGGUGUACUUGUCUAGAGCGGUAUACGCUCUGUCGGGAUGGUAUUUACCAUAAGCAAGAUCAAUUUGGUCGGCUACUUCCAACCUUCAUUCAGAUCAUUGAUUUUACAGAAAGGGAAGAAUCCGAAUAUUGGGCUAUAAUGUCUGCCAUUUCUGAGGGCAAACAGAUUGACUCUACUUCGUCUCGGACAAGUUCAGUCUCAGUCGCAUCAAUUUCCCCGGACGCUAGUAUCAAUACAAAGGUACAUUUUCUAAGGACAAUGCUUCAAUGGGAGGAGCAACUACUUUGUGAAGCUAGUAAUCUCCGACAAGCAAAACACGGAGGAGAAUAUUAUGUUUGUCGAAGCUCCUUCGCGCUCGAGGAAGUGGUAAUUGUUUGCUGGCCCCUCGGAGAGAUAAUGAGGUUAAGAUCUGGUAGCACCGCCGCGGACGCCGCUAGAAGGGUUGGAUCCGAGGGGAGGUUGGUCUUGAUUAAUGGUCUGCCAGUCUUACCCAGUACUGAACUGAAAGAUGGAGAUGUAGUUGAAGUGAGAGUGUAAAUAGUUCUUCAAUUGUACAGUUAGGCCAAUGGGGGGGGAGAUCAAGUUGUCUAGUGCACUGCCGGUUGAUAUGUGAAUAUUAGUUGUGAUUUACAGUAGGAAUAGUUCGAACAAUUUCAUCAUUGGUGAACUUCCCCUGAUACUCUACCUUUGGCUGCAAAUUUAUAAAAGCCAUGAAAACGAAAGGCUUCAGCUUUGAAAGCAACAGGAGCCGCACUGCAUACUCAACGGCCUCUUCAAUAAGCAAGCGAGUGGAGCUUGGCUAUUGCAAAUGGUUCAUUGGAACUUCAGGUGCCUAAAAAAGAAUGUUAAAAGUUUCAAGUACUUCUACUGUGAUCUAUUUAUCACAUAGAAUUCGACAACUGUGAAUGAUAUGAAUGAAUAUAAAUGAUUGUCAAACAGGC